AUGACGAAUUCGACAAAACUGGUAGCAGUCCUUGGCGCGACAGGUCUCCAGGGCGGUUCAGUUGUGCAGUCCCUACUGGGAAAUUCCGCGUUCCAAGUCCGUUGCGUUACCAGAGACGCAUCCUCGCCUCGCGCAAAGGCUUUAGUGUCCCAUGGUGCCCAAGUGGUUCAAGCUGACACCACUCAACAAUCCCAACUAGAGAAAUCAUUUUCUGGAUGCUGGGGACUUUUUGUAAACUACACAGUCAUAGGCACAGACCUUGAAGAGGCAGAAAACCUGGGAAGAGCUAUCUUCCUUGCUGCGGCUGCGGCCAAUAUUAAGCAUGUUGUUUUCAGUUGCGAGCCUCAUUGUGAUCGGCUCACCAACGGGAGAGCCACAGUUGACUACCUCGACGGUGAACUAAUCCUUCCCAGUGCACUGUUCAAGGCGCGGGUAUAUGAAUGGGUCUAUCGCACCCAAACUUUCAACUCAGUGACACCCAUUCUGCCUGGGUGGUUUAUGGAGAAUUUCAGCGAUCCCAUUAUGCAAGGCCUUCUGGGUGGUUUCCCAGAAAAGACAGACAACGACGGCUACUUGAUUUGCCGUGCACCAUUCUGGGGUGGUGAGGAGCAGGUUCCAUGGGUAAACAUUGCUGAUGACUUCGGAGAUUUGGUUCAUGGUAUAUUAUUAGACCCAACUCGGUGGAAUCAUCGGCCUGUCCAAGUCGUGGGCGAUCCAAUGUCAUUUGGAGAAAUGGUCCGCAUUUUCACUCUCGUUACUGGUAAGAAAGCACGAUACAGUCCUUGCAAUCCAUCUGAAGUCAGAAUCGGCGUCCAAUACGACAACCUGAAGAACUCCGAGCAAGGUGCCAUGUUUACGUACACGCAGGCACGGGAUGGCGAAUAUUUUGGUUAUGGCCCGACCGAGAAUCGCACAGCCAGCCAGCUCAAAAAAGCCGCCUUUAAGGCUAAAGGAGGCAAGGGUCGGGAAACUCUUUGGACUUUGAGAGAGUAUUUUGAACGGGAUGAUUCAAGCGCCUCUUCUUCAUGCCCUUGUUUUGUCAAGUUUAAGUUUUCAUAUUCUGACGAAGAACCCGCGCUGAGUAUGGAGAGCGAAGGAAAUUUACUUGUUCUUUCCCGGGCAUUCGGCAACACCCUCAUCAUCCAGGGAUUUGGUGGUAUUUUGGUUGUUUGGGCGUUCCUCCAGUGGAUAAAAUACUAUCGUUCAUGGGUGAACUUGCCUGUGGUUGGUCCGAAGAGUUUCCUAGCAGCUAGGAAGUCCGGCUCGAGGUGGCCAGCAAAUAGCGACGAACUUCUGCAGGAGGGAUAUGUGAAGUAUGGUGAUGGUGCGUUCCAAGUCCGUACAAAUUCCAGAUGGACUGUUUGUCUUUGUGAGGAUGAGCUGGUCCGCGAAUACCAAUCGCUCCCUGAUGAAUACGCCUCGCUUGACGCCGUUAGCACAGAUCUCUUCCAAACCCACUAUACCUGUCCAGGGGUUGCGGAUACUCUGAAGCACCUUCCUGUAGCUGUUCUCUCAAAGGCUGUCAUUUGGUCCAGAACUCGUACAAGUGGAACAACCUCCACCUAUUUCCAGGAACUUGUGAAAGAACAAGAGUUUGGUCUUAAAGCUGAAGUUAAGGUCUCUCCAGAUGAGUGGACCGACUAUCACUGCCAGCCAGUUGCACUAGCCUUGAUGCUUCGAAUGAUCGGUCGAGUUCUUGUGGGAUCUCCGCUUUGUCGGGACCCAGAAGCUGUCUCACUUUUCACCAGGUACGGCAUCGCCGUGGCUGUCAGUGGCCGUCAAAUUGCCUGGUUGCCCGAAAUCUUGAAGCCCAUACUGGGUCCACGGUUUGCUGCCGCUCGCAUGCAAGUUGAGCUGAGCAAUCUAAUUGUCCAGGAUAUGAAUCGCAAUGCCGAUGCUAAAGACGAUCAAUUGACUCUUGCUCAGUGGAUGUGGCGAUGGGUCCAGAAGGAGGCCCCUGGCGAGUACACUCAAACAGACGUUGCUGGACUACUAGUGUCAUCCAUAUUUGGCUCCGUUCAUACUGCUGGAUCGGUCCUCACCAACUGCCUCUACGAGUUCACUGCCCGUCCGGAAUACGUUGAAGACCUCCGUGCAGAAGUUGAUCAAGCCAUCCGUGAGCAUGGAGAGGUUGGCCGUGCUGCGAUCGAAUCGAUGACCAAAUUGGAUAGCUUCAUCAAGGAGACUAUGCGUCUGAAUCCUGUGGGUGAGGCUGGGUUGAAUCGAGUCAUUAAGAAGGAUUACACCUUCAAGAAUGGAUUGAAACUUCCAAAGGGUACCUUUGUGUUCGCCCCUAGCACACAACUCCAUAUGGACCCUACUCUCUAUGAAAACCCCACUGAGUUCGAUGGAUUUCGUUUUCACAAGCUCGGUCAGGCUUCUGGGAAACCCAACAACUACAAACUGUCCGGUGCUAGCCCCAAGACUCGCCAGUUUGGUGAUGGGCGUCACACCUGCCCCGGGAAACAACUUGCUGCGGAUUUGCUUCGCUUGAUCUUGGCCCAUGUUCUGCUGAAUUUCGACAUGCGGCCGUGUGGUGAUCCCUCGCACCCACCCUCGUGGGAACGACAAAUGUCUCUCAAGCAGCGCACUGCUGGAACAAUUGUGAGUGAGAAAUAG